UAAGAGUGUAUCGCACUAGUAGAACGACUGCCGUGCGAGUAGUCUUUUCCAGUACUGCCUUGGAUGGAAAGCCAUUUGAGCAUUUAUUCAACUAGUAUGCACUUUCUCCACACUAGUAGAACCAUUUACUAGUAUCAUUUUUCUCCUACUAGUGUCACUUUAGGCCUACUACUAUAACCUUAAGCUUAAUAUCAAGGAUGUCAAAUAAAUGCUCAAGUGGCUUGAAAGAAGUUUGAACAUUUAUUUAACUAGUACACUUUUUGUCCUCAGUAGAAGAACAACGUACUAGUAUCGCUUUUUCCCCCCACUACUAGUUCGACUUUAACUUUUUUUAGGAUGUCAAAUAAAUAUUCAAAUUACUUUUAAGAAGUUGGAACAUUUAUUCAACGAGUACACUAGCAAGACAGUUCAGCGCACUAGUUGUCAUAUUUUUUUUUUCCCCCGCUUAAGUUUAAUAUCAAGGAUGUGGAAUAAAUGCUGCCAUUUGCGUGGCAGUAAGGCAGGUGAGGAAAAAGAGCAUACUAGUACAUGGACCUGAGGCCGGAUAGCUAGUAUAAGGAAUAAAAGUGCAAAGAAUUGAAGCAUGAAAACAAAUGGGAGGAGUCUUUAAUUGAAUUGCAAAACGCAGCAGUCGUCACCUGCUUCCAAUUAGCGAUUAGGGUUAACUGCCAAGAUGGCGGCCAAGCGAGGCUUCCGGACAUUUUUCCACGACGACGACUAACACCGAGAAACAAUUUUUGCUCCGGUCGAUAUCGGCAUUGUUAUAAUUAUUAUUAUUAUUAUUAUUAUUAUCAUCAUCAUCAUCAUGAUUAUUGUAUGAAAGGAAUAAAUAUGUCUGCUGCUCAAACGCUUGUGUUUCCUUCAAGUGCUCGCCCGACUUAAAUCGAUGCGCACGCAUGCUACAGCGUUGCUGUCGUCGAUGAAUUGAAAAUGAUCAAAUAUGUUUCCGCUGCGACCGGCGGAGGUCGCCGAGUACGGUCCGGGGGCCUCGCUUAUCCAUCGGUGGUGCCGAGGAAUCGAACGUACGCGCGAAAGCUGAAAACGGUGUGCGACCAAAAUCGGCUCAAAUUGUCCGUACGCACGCGGGCGCACCUGUGGCGGGAAAAAAACGAAAAAAGAAUUGCGCCCCAUCGACAAUCCCUAGAAAUAACUUAAUAGGAUAUUUUCUCAGAGAAGAGCGGUCGCGACGUCAGCUUGCCGCGUUUGAAUCGUGCACAACCGAUGAUGAAGCGAAGGAACGCACCGUUCGAUCUUUUAUUGCAAACGCGCGCCCGAUUCCCGCAGCGAAAUCGGCUCCCGAUUACAAAUGAGACUCGCUGAUGUCUCGCGGGCGGGCGGAGUUGACGGGCGAGGUGGAGGCUUCGGGAACGCCGCAGCAAAUAAAGUGGCGGGAGCACACUGCUGCAGUGAGUUCGACUGGAGAGGAAAUGAAACAAAUAUAUAUUUAUCAAAAUAAUUGCGCCCGAUCGUCACACGGCAAUCCAUGUAGUGUUCCGGAGGAGCAGAGGAGAGGCACACGAUCCACGUCGCUUCAGGUUUACGCAGUCGGCGGCCGUGUCGGUGCGCCGUGUUUCCUUAGGUCAGAGGUCAACGCAGCCGUCGACCGGGACGUUUUAGAGCACUCGGUGCUGACCGACUUUACGGGGAUGCAGAUUUCAUUUUCCAACGGGACUCGGCCACCUGCGCGCAGUGCCAAAGCGACCCGCGCCAGCUUUAAGGACCGCGGUAUGCCGGCGAACUCGCCUGACCUCCACCCCGGGAAACGCAUCAGUCAAGAAGCAAGCACACUAGAAUAAUCUGUAGAAUAAGCAAAGAGCAAAUUCCAGCCCGAUUCUUGACUGAGAUACGACAAGAAGCAAGCUUGUGCAGCAAGAACCGAUGCGGCCAGAAGGUCGAGCGCGAGUCCCAAAUGACGAAACUGUGUGAUGAAUAAGAAAUGAUGUCACAAGGUUUUGCUGUUUAUGACGAGCUAAAUGACAAAUGAUCUCAUAAGGUUUGGGUUAGCGAUGACAUGUCGGUUGAGUCAUCGAGCUCCUUCGCGCCGCAAGUGACCGGACGACACACGACGAGAGCUGACGUGAAGAAGCUCGCAGACGGCGCCGGUAUGUGAUGACGGCGAUCGAUUGCGUCUUUGUUUGUUCCGCGCCGAAAGACGCGUGUGCGCAUUGUCAGUCAUCCACAAAGGCAACAGGACUGUUCUUGUUUGUUGAAGAAGUUUCACCUUUAUCCAAAAGGCCGGUGUGGAGUCCCCUCCCUUUACGCCUGGGCAGGGGUGGUCAACAACAGGCUCUUGCCGCUCUUGCAAUUUGCACUUUUGUUUCGGGGUCAAGGUCAUCCACCUCACCUCAAGCUCAAAUGUGAACUCAAGCUGAAGAAGACAAAGUCCAUAGAGCAUCCUCAGAGCUCAUCGGCCUCUUCGAGGUCCGAUCAAAACCUGAUUUUGACAACCAAACGCUUGGCACCCUCGCGCUCCGCCGAGCGGCUCUUAUUUGAAACGCGUUGGCUUGUUUCUGAACCUGGCAAACACCUGAUCUGACCUUUCCGUCGUUCUGCACGAUGGCUUCCGUUUCACAGCGCCAACGAGAUAAAAAUGCGACGUACGUGUUCUCCAGUCGCCCCAGGCCCGUCGAGAGCCGCUCGAAGUUCGACGGGUCCCCCACGGAAAAUCCUCAGUACGGAAAUAUCGUGUACGAUCGACGAGUCGUCAGGGGAAAUGCUCACGGUCGAAACGCGUCGCCGGCGAAGACCACGGCGCAUGCGGCCGACAUUCAACAACAGCGCGGAUUCCGGGGGAGAUCGGUGGACUUCGUGAGGUCCAGGGACCACGUGUGGUUCAAGACUCACGACAACCUGCCCGGUCGAAAGCACGUUGACGUGCAAACCGAGUCCUUUCUCGAGGAGCUGAGUCACAUCUUGGUGACGAAAGAUAUCGACUCCCAAACGGAUCGUUUCCUGGACAGACCGGCCACGCCGCUAUUCAUACCGGCCAAAUCGGGCGAAGAUGUUGCGACCCAAAUCCAAGACGGGGAGCUGUUUGACUUUGACAGGGAGGUGCAGCCUGUGUUGGAGGUCCUGGUGGGCAAGACCAUCGAGCAGUCUCUCUUGGAGGUGAUGGAGGAGGAGGAACUGGCCCGCCUGCGGGCCCAGCAGAGGGCCUUCGAGCAGCUGAGAAAUGCCGAGUUGGCCGAGGUCCAGCGGCUGCAGGAGCAGGAGAGGCGUCGCAAUGAGGAAAAGGAGUGUCGGAUCGCCCAGCAGAGGGAGGCCGUGAGGAAAGAAAAAGAAACGGCCGAGAUGAUAGCCGCCCAAGCGUGCGCGCAGCAGUUCCUGUCCAAGCUCUUCCCCGCCGUCUUCGCCUCGCUAAGGAGACACGGCUACUUCUACGACCCCGUGGAGAGAGACAUCGAGAUGAAUUUCUUCCGGUGGCUGAUGGCCGAGGUUAACAACACUCUGGAGAAGAGGAACUCCGCCAGGCUGCUGCUGGACACCAUCAUCCACGAUAUCGCCCUGGAGAGACGGGAUUUCUUCAAGGAUCUCGAGUCGCAGCUGGUCAAAUCGGACAAAUAGACCGAUUGGCUGGCGACAGGAUCCCCAACCAAAUCCGAGUCAACGUGACCAUCGGCGUACCGUCAAGCGCUGUGUUCUAAUACUGGGCCUUGAGACCCCAGGGACGUGGUUUUUGUUUUUGCUUUCACUUGCGAGCUCAAACGAGAGAUACAAAUGCUGUCUGGUGGCAGUCGAUGCGACUCAACUCACUUGGCAAUAAGCGGGCGGCACUUUGGCAACUCGAGAGGCUUCAAGCCGUUUAUUGCAACUUAGCCUUUUAGUCUGCUUGUUUCAUGCUAAUUAGCAUCUGUUGCGCUGCUUGAAACCUUUCAAGCAAAACAAACCGCAGCAACAUGUACACUGACAAUAUAAUACUCAAGUGUAUCUAUGUAUGUAUGUGUGUGUGUGUGUUUUUCA